AUGAGCAGCAGCCGCGAACUGACCCUGAUUGAGCAUCUCGGUGAGCUGCGCCGACGCGUCUUCAUUUGCCUCACAGCCCUCAUUGUCGGGGCCGUAGUUGCUUUCUAUUUCUGGACUGAACUUCUGGAAUUGCUGAAGUGGCCAGCGCAGGACCUGAUAAACCGGGGCGUGGUAACGCCCAUCGUUACACAGGUUACCGAGAGGCUCUCUACCGCAGUAAAGAUUUCCAUGGUCGGCGGCUUUGUUCUGGCCUUGCCGGUGAUUCUCUACCAAGUGGUCCGUUUCGUAGCGCCAGGGCUAAUGCCAGGUGAGCGACGUUACCUGUUCCUGUUUAUGCCCGGCGCACUGUUGGCCUUUUUCUGCGGGCUGGCCUUCGCUUACUUUGUGCUCACGCCCCGCGCCAUACCUUUUCUUCUCACCUUUGGCGGAGACGUGGCGCAAACCCAGAUACGUAUAAGCAACCUGGUGGAUGUCAUGCUCAGGCUGCUCCUUUGGAUGGGACUGGCCUUCGAAACACCGGUGCUAAUGUAUCUGCUGGCCCAGCUGGGCAUUGUUAGCUCAAGGAUGUUCUCAAGGUUUCGCAAGUAUUGGGUGGUAAUUGCCUUCAUCCUGGGAGCAAUUAUCACUCCCACCUUUGACCCGCUUAACCAAACCCUGGUGGCCGCGCCGUUGCUGGCCUUGUAUGAAAUCGGCAUCUUCCUGGCGUGGCUGGCCGGAAGGGCGCGCCAAAGGGAGGGAAAUGAAAUCGCUUCAUUGCCUGAGGGGCAAUAA